AUGGUAGCCUCAAACCAGACGAUGGUGACAGAGUUCAUCUUACAGAGUUUCACCGAAAACCCUCAGCUUCAGGCUCUCUUCUUUAGCCUCUUCCUGCUUCUCUUCGUAAUGGCUCUCGCGGGAAAUGUCCUCAUCAUCGCGGCUAUCCACGUCAGCACCAGACUCCACCUGCCCAUGUAUUUUUUCCUGGCCAACCUGGCCAUUCUCGAUAUCAUCUGCACUUCGUCAAUUCUCCCCAAAGUUCUGCAGAACCUGAUCGCGGUGAAGAAAACCAUCUCCUAUGGUGGCUGUAUGAAUCAAAUGUUCUUCUUCACUUGGUCCCUGAGUUCAGAGCUGCUUCUCUUCACGGCGAUGGCCUAUGACCGCUAUAUGGCUAUUUGCCAGCCUUUGCACUACAGCAAGAUGGUGAGCAAGACAGUGUGCAUUGGUUUGGCUGCCUUUGUGUGGAGUGUUGGCGGGCUCAACUCUGUACUCCUCACGGGUCUGGUCCUCAGAUUAUCCUUCUGUGGGCCCAACUUCAUCACUCACUUCUUCUGCGAAAUCCCCCCAGUACUGCUGCUUUCUUGUACCCCAACCUACUGGAAUGACAUCAUGACCAUCAUGGCAGAUAUGUUCCUGGCCGGCCUGAAUUUCUUCCUCACCAUGGUAUCCUACAGCUUCAUCAUAGCCAGCAUCAUGAAGAUCCGCACCAGCGAGGGAAAGAAGAGAGCAUUCUCCACAUGCUCCUCCCAUCUCACCGUGGUGACCCUCUAUUACUCCACUGUGCUUUAUACUUACAUCCGUCCAGUUCUGGGGACCUCGGGAUUUCUGGACAAAUUGGUGUCAGUAUUGUACACGGUCUUGACUCCGACACUGAACCCCCUCAUCUACACACUGAGAAAUAAAGAUGUCAAAGUGGCGUUAAAGAAACUCUUCCCAUUUCCACCGUCUUAG